AUGCGUUGUGGACCCCUGUGCCGAUUCCUGUGGCUUUGGCCCUAUCUGUCCUACAUUGAAGCUGUGCCCAUCCGAAAAGUCCAGGAUGACACCAAAACCCUCAUCAAGACGAUUGUCACCAGGAUCAAUGACAUAUCACACACGCAGUCCGUCUCCUCCAAACAGAGGGUCACUGGUUUGGACUUCAUCCCUGGGCUCCUCCCUGUCCUGAGUUUGUCCAAGAUGGACCAGACAUUGGCGAUCUACCAACAGAUCCUCACCAGUCUGCCUUCCAGAAAUGUGAUCCAAAUAUCUAAUGACCUGGAGAACCUCCGGGACCUUCUCCACCUGCUGGCCUCCUCCAAGAGCUGCCCCUUGCCCCAGGCCAGAGCCCUGGAGACCUUGGAGAGCCUGGGCGGCGUCCUGGAAGCCUCCCUCUACUCCACGGAGGUGGUGGCCCUGAGCAGGCUGCAGGGGUCUCUGCAGGACAUGCUGCGGCAGCUGGACCUCAGCCCUGGGUGCUGA